AGGUUGGAGAUUUCCUGUCCUUGGACCUUGGUGGCACCAACUUCCGAGUGAUGCUGGUGAAGGUGGGGGAGGGGGAGGAAGGACAAUGGAAGGUGAAGACGAAGCACCAGAUGUAUUCCAUCCCUGAAGAUGCCAUGACUGGGACAGCUGAGAUGCUCUUUGACUACAUCUCCGAGUGCAUCUCUGACUUCCUGGACAAGCACCAGAUGAAGCAUAAAAAGCUUCCCUUGGGCUUCACCUUCUCCUUCCCCGUGAGGCACGAGGACAUUGACAAGGGAAUCCUCCUCAACUGGACCAAGGGCUUCAAGGCCUCUGGAGCAGAAGGGAACAAUGUGGUGGGACUGCUCAGAGAUGCCAUCAAACGCAGAGGGGACUUCGAGAUGGACGUGGUGGCGAUGGUCAACGACACGGUGGCCACGAUGAUCUCCUGCUACUACGAAGAUCAUCGCUGCGAGGUUGGGAUGAUUGUGGGGACUGGUUGCAAUGCCUGCUACAUGGAGGAGAUGCAGAACGUGGAGCUGGUGGAAGGGGACGAGGGCAGGAUGUGUGUGAACACGGAGUGGGGAGCGUUCGGCGCCUCGGGGGAGCUGGAUGAGUUCCUCCUGGAGUACGACCGCGUGGUGGACGAGACCUCCCUUAACCCCGGUCAGCAACUGUAUGAGAAGAUCAUCGGGGGGAAGUACAUGGGGGAGAUCGUCAGGUUGGUGCUGCUCAAGUUGGUGGAUGAGAACCUGCUCUUCAAUGGAGAGGCCUCGGAGAAGCUCAAGACUCGAGGGACCUUCGAGACGCGAUUCAUGUCCCAGAUCGAGAGGUACCAGGGCUGGGGGAGGAGAUCAGAACAACCAGAUGGGUCACCUGGGACCUGUCAUCCCAUACCAACCUGCUUGGAUUGA